AAAACUUCCGUAUUUCCCACUGGUGCACCUGACAUCCCCAGAGAGAGAAAGACGAUGAGGGGCUCUGGGCACGCAUCUUCACAGUCAAAUUCUGGCAACCCCCCAGGGCCGCGGGGCUGGGAAGGCUUCGGGAGACAGUACCGAUGAGAUGUCUAAGUCUAGAGCUACUCCAAGGCCCACCGAGCCGGAGAGGGGCGGCCUGGGCAAUGUUUGAGGAGGUCACCCUGGAGACGGCCUGGGUGUCCACCGGAACUGCAAGAUCAAGCCAGGACGAAGGCAACUGACCGUCUUUAGCAGCUCCAAUGAGGACGAUCCCAGGUCCAGCACAGCAGGGUGUGAUAUAAUGUCAGCCUUGGCUAAAGAUAAACUGUUUCCUGCACUGAAGAAAAGAGGGAGUGUGUGUUCCCCAGGUAACCAUGAGUUCCGACAGAAGGAAGGUCAUUGGCGCUCCAAACAUUCUGUCAGUACUGUGUCCCACUCGGAUGAGCCCAGCCAGCGUGAUGAGACCUCUCGCCUUACAGUUCGCGUGGAAAACACCUACCAGUUAGGUCCCACUAAACAUUUUCCUGUGGCCACUGUUAAUCACAUUUUGAAAGAUGUGCUAACUGCCUAUCUACAAGAAGCAGAAUAUGACCCGGAGUUCUGCAGACAGAUGACUAAAACAAUUUCUGAGGUUAUUAAAGCCCAGGUCAAAGAAUUAAUGAUUCCCCGGUACAAACUAAUUGUGACCGUUUACAUCGGACAACGAGAUUGUCAGAGCAUACUUAUUGGCAGCAGAUGCCUCUGGAAUCCUAAAAGUGACACCGUCUCAUCCUAUGUUUUCAGAAAUUCUACUCUCUUUGCGCUUGCAAAUGUCUAUGCAGUUUACUUCGAAUGACUGAAAACGAGAAGUUACAGUCUUGGCAUUUUAAAAUCAUGAAACAGGCUGUGUCUGUGUGUCCACUAACAUUUUACUGGAAAAACCUGUGAGAAAGAAACAAGAUGAACAACUGGAAGUUUCCAUCACUCUUGUGAGGACUGGUGGAGGGGAGGGGAGCCCAAGAGAGAACCUUAUUUCUCCAAAACAGAAGAGGACCAUGGUUCACAUAAACAUGGAUGCUGACUAAAUAUUACUUUGGGUAUUAAUUAUUUUGAUUUCUCUUUUAGUCAGAGAGAUAGAAUUCCCUGGACUGAUUUUUGAUAAAAUUCUAGAAAUAUUUGGUAACAUAAUAUGGACAUAUAUCAUAUAGGACAGGAUAAUUCAACAUGGCACACCAAAAUGAUGAAUGUAAUAUACUUCAGUACUGCAUAUAAAAUAAUACUGGUUUUCAUUUUACAUUUAAUAAACUGAGCAGCAUUUACUAACUGCAAUUACUGUUACAUGUACUUGACAGCUGAAAGUGCUGAGGUAGAAUUAAUGAUUUCAUAAUAAUUACCAUAGUCCCAUGGGGCCACCAACUAAAUCUAGACACUCCUGUGGGUUGCCUGCACUUUGCAAAAUUACAGGAGAACUGAACAUUGGCUCUUCAAUAAUGGAAACUAUAAAGUGAAUACAGGCUUUUAAGCACACUAAAGUAGACAUUAUGCUAUUAAAUAUACAUGAUGCUUAAUAGUAAAUGUGUCUGUAGCACCUAAGAUCUUGCAUUGGAAAGAGACACUACCUUUAAGUACACACUGCCCAUGUGACUUUGAGUAGCUUUAGCUGGCCUAACUUUUACCCAGAAUUCGAAGCUGGCAGCUUAACAAAUAAAACGUGUGUUUGCCAUUUUGUUCCUGUGACUUUAGCACUAAAGUGGCCCAGUGAGGUUUCUGGAUGUAUGGACAUUGAAGUUUACAGGGCUAAGAUAGCUCUUCUGCUGGUUAAUGCCUCUUGUAGCACAGAUCGUUUAUUUUUAUGGAGCUUUCAAGUCUUUGUGUGCAUGUUAAAUGACGCUGUGGCAUUGCUCUAGGAUGGUAAGUCAUCUGCCUAGAGGACAUUUGUUAAAGGUCAAACACAAAUUGCUCACAUAUGGAGAGAAUUAGCAGUGUUACACUCUUAAGGGGGAAAUUAUGUAUAAUUCGUAUCAGAAAGUUUUUAGUGAAUGGAAAACCCAGUCAAUGCUUCAUGAUUUGAAAAUGUUUUGACGUCUUACUUUUCCCUAAAACCAAAUGUAAUUUUAAAACGCG